AAGCUUUUUUCACACUUUCCCAUGUCGUCGUGGCACCGCACUUUCACCACUUGUCUUUAUCCUCUUUAAUAAUGAAAGCAGCCAUUUCUUCAGUUUUUCUCUCCUCCUCCUCCUCUCUUUCUCCAUUUUCGAUUUUGAUUUGAUUUGAUUACCACUCGAAAAACUUCCUCGUCAAAAUCCAUGGCGUCUCUCUCUCCGCCGGAAGAGGCUGCCGCUUCGUAUCACCACCGUCAUCCCAAAAGGUAUUCCUCCUCCAACGGCGUCGAAUUGGUUCCCGAUUUCGUCAAACGCCCCAAAAUCUCUCUUCCUCCCCAAUCGUCGAAUUUCAUUUCUCCCUCUGAGAUCGAAUCGGAGUUUUCGCAUCACGAUCCGGACGUCGCGCGGAUUAACAACGGCAGCUUCGGCUGCUGUCCUUCGUCCAUCCUCGCCCUCCAGCGAGAUUGGCAGCUCCGUUUCCUCCGGCAGCCGGAUCGAUUCUAUUUCGACGAGCUCAAGCCCAAAAUCUCCGAAUCCAGAGCCGUCAUCAGACGCCUCAUCAACGCCGAACACGACGACGAGGUCUCCAUCGUCGAUAACGCAACGACGGCGGCCGCGAUCGUUCUUCAGCAAACCGCUUGGGCCUUCCGCGAAGGAAGGUUCGAGAAAGGCGACGCGGUGGUGAUGCUCCACUACGCGUACGGCUCCGUGAAGAAGUCAGUCGAGGCGUACGUCACACGCUCCGGCGGACAGGUCAUCGAGGUACAGUUACCUUUCCCGGUUAUCUCGGCAGACGAAAUCGUCGGCCGGUUUAGGAACGCGUUAGAGUCAGGGAAGGCGAAUGGUAGAAGGGUUAGGUUAGCUUUGAUCGAUCACGUGACGUCUAUGCCUAGCGUUGUGAUUCCGGUCAAGGAGCUUGUGAAAAUCUGCAGAGAAGAAGGUGUUGACCAGGUCUUCGUCGACGCCGCUCAUGGCAUUGGCUGCGUCGACGUCGACAUGAAGGAGAUCGGUGCUGAUUUCUACACGAGCAAUCUCCACAAGUGGUUCUUCGCGCCGCCUUCGGUUGCUUUCUUGUAUUGUAGGAAGUCGAACAACGGUGCUAGAGAUUUGCACCACCCGGUUGUGUCGAAUGAGUACGGGAACGGUCUAGCUGUUGAGAGCUCUUGGGUUGGAACCAGAGACUACAGUGCUCAGCUGGUUGUACCGUCGAUUUUGGAGUUUGUGAACCGGUUCGAAGGAGGGAUUGAUGGUAUAAAGAAGAGGAAUCAUGACUCUGUGGUUGAGAUGGGUCGAAUGCUGGUCAAGUCUUGGGGGACUCAGCUCGGUUGCCCGCCGGAGAUGUGUGCGAGUAUGGUCAUGGUCGGGCUGCCCGUUUGCUUAGGGGUGUCGAGUGAUUCGGAUGUUUUGAAGCUUAGAAUCCUCUUGAGAGAAAAGUUCAGCGUUGAAACGCCGAUCUACUUUAGACCACCUGGGGAAGGAGAGGUUGAUCCGAUCUCGGGGUAUGUUCGCAUUUCUUUUCAAGUUUACAACAAGCCUGAGGAUUAUCAUAGGCUCAAGGACGCGGUGAACGAACUUGUGAGAGAAGGGUUCAGAUGCACGUCUCUGUAAGGCAUCGAGCUUUUGGGGCGAAUGAAUCAUUUGCUGAAAGUGAUCAUGGUUUAGGUACCAUGAAGGCUUCAUGAGAUUUGGAAGAAGUGAAGUUGUCUCUCUCUCUCUCUUUCUCGUUCUCUUUCUCUCCUCAGUCAUGAACUUUUUAUACAGUAAAUGAUGUAUAAGAAGACCAAAGCAUUGUUCUAUUUCCUUUGCUAGAAUGGCCUCUGUUCAAAUCUCCCAUUUUACAUGUCUCCUAAAACGUUAGAAUGGCACUGUUAACUGUUGUUGGUUCGUGGAUGGAUGUCACUGUCUUAAUAAAAUCCCUAAUUGGUUACGUUUAUAAA